AUAUGAAGGCUCGCUAAGCCGGUCUGGAGCGGAGUGUCUCAGCGGCUGCGCUCCUUCCAGAGCCCAAGGACUUACAGCUGCGUCGCUGUCUUCCUGUGCCAACGACCCCCCAAAAGUUGUGAUGCUUUUCUUUACCCAGUGCUUUGGAGCUGUGUUAGAUCUCAUCCACCUCCGCUUUCAGCACUACAAGGCUAAACGGGUGUUCGCCGCCGCUGGCCAACUUGUCUGUGUCGUAAACCCCACGCACAACCUGAAGUAUGUGUCCAGCUGUCGCGCCGUCACUCAGAGUGCACCAGAGCAAGGCGGCUGCCCCCAUCACCACCUCACCCACCACCACCGCCACCACCACGCCCACCACCACCCCCGCCACCACGCCCACCCUCACCACCUCCGCCACCAGCAGGCAGAGCCGCGUGCCCCCCAGGUGACGCCCUGCCUGUGCCCCCUGUUCUCCUGCCAGUGGGAAGGCCACUUGGAGGUGGUGGUGCCCCACCUGCGGCAGACGCACAGAGUGGAUAUCCUGCAGGGAGCUGAGAUCGUCUUCCUGGCCACGGACAUGCACCUCCCGGCCCCGGCUGACUGGAUCAUCAUGCACUCCUGCCUCGGCCACCACUUUCUGCUGGUGCUCAGGAAACAGGAGAGGCAUGAAGGGCACCCCCAGUUCUUUGCCACCAUGAUGCUGAUUGGGACCCCCACCCAGGCCGACUGCUUCACCUACCGCCUGGAGCUCAACAGAAACCAUCGGCGUCUCAAAUGGGAGGCCACCCCCAGGUCCGUCCUUGAGUGUGUGGACUCGGUGAUCACUGAUGGGGACUGCCUCGUCCUCAACACCUCGCUGGCGCAGCUCUUCUCCGACAACGGCAGCCUUGCCAUCGGAAUCGCUAUCACUGCGACAGAGGUCUGCUCCUCAGAAGCCGAGAUGUGAAGUGAGAGGCCACCGGAGGCUCACACACAGCCACCCUCCUCCAAGAAACUCUGCUUGUGCCCUUCGGAUCUCCAGAUUGCAGGACUCCACACUCCUUUUUAUUCUUCUUCCUUCACCACCCUCCCUUUCUUCCUUCCCUUCCUCCCUCCCUCCCUUCCUUCUUUCUUUUUUUUUUUUGUCUCAGUGCUUAGGGGUAUCUAGUAUUUGUCUGCCUUGGGCAUUAUAUUAUGUAAACAUCCUGUGAUUCAAGAUCUUGGUGAAAUGUUUGUCCUGAUUAGUUGGAAUAGUUUUACAGAACAUUUUUAAUUAAUUCAAUCAGAAUGAUUAUUAUCACCCCCCAAUUCCCUUCUCCAUGGCUUCCAAAAUGAGCAAAAUUCACCGAGACCACGAAGCAGACUGUUGGGGUUGAAAAGAGACUUGGUAUCCAAACCAUUUCUUCCUUCUCUUUUCAGUCUAUUUCAGGGCGAGCUAACUCUGAAGUGUGUGAGAACAGCAGGUUGGGAAGGGACCUGGCCAGUUCAGAGAUAUAUUUCAGACCAAGCAGACACAACCUCAGGGUCAGAGCUGUGCUGCUGGAUGUGAGGGGAUGGUGUCUCCUCAGAAGGCCAGGCAGGGCCCAGGGCUGGAGGCGCCAUCACACAAUGAGUCUUCUGGUUGGUCCCAGGGCUCAGGGGAGGGGCAGACAUUGAGCCCUCUUUGGCAGGCUGCUGUGGGCUUGCUCCCGGCCUGUGCCAUCUUUUCCUGCUCUGGAAUCAAAGUCCUCAUAUUUCUGGUGCUUUCUUGAAAACCUUUUUGCCCUCCUCUGAGCAAGUAGUAAAAUAAAAUGGGCAAAAUGUGGGGAAAGAGAAGCAGCUGAAAAAAACACGGAUAAAAUUAAUCUCCCACCUCUGGGAGGGUGUUCUCUACUCAGAGUGUUUUAUUAUCAAGUUAAAAAUCCAUCAGUCCUUUCACUAGCUUGGAGCACUUUUCUAUCACACAAAGAACCCCCUGUGCUCUUGGAACCUUAUAAACCAGAACUACAGCUCACCAUCAGAUACGAGGAGCUUGGCAUCUGUGCCCAGAUCCUUGGACCUGGAGGGCUGGCCCAGGUCCUCAUACAUCAGGGAGGGUCCUCUUUCCUUUCCUUACUUUCCAAAUUGCUCCGAGGGCCCCAUUCAGUGCACAGAUGUUAUCACUGGUCAAGUGUGCAUUCGGCACCCUGCUGCAGUGUGACUGAAAUCCAUGUUGCCUCUAGGUAGAUGGCUUUCUCUUAUUUGGUUGUUAGAACAAUUUGUCAACAUCUUAUUGAAAUCUCUCAUAUGUUUGAAGAAAAUAGCAUGUUUAGCCAACUUGGUCUCUUCUGUUCAAGGUGGAAUAUCUGUAAUCUUUCCCCAUAGGCCCUCUUCUCCCUUAUUUUUGUCAUUUUUGUGCUCCCCUUGGCCACUCUCCAGUCACUGAAGAAGCAUGGCCCCAACCCCCACACAAUGCUCAUCAGAACCUAGUGGGCCUUUCGCCAACCAGUGCUUCACUCCCUCACCCCAACCCCUUGGCUGGAUCCUGGCAGGCCUCCAAGUGAGUACUUAGUUUCAGGCAGCUUGCCCUGGCUGGUCACCAGCAAUCUUUUCCCCACCAAAAAUAAUCAGCCCUGAAAUACAAUGCCCUUCCCUUAAUGACCAGGUAAUCCUCUAGCGAUCUGUCUCACCAACCCACACUGCAAGCACCUGAAGGGUGGUGCCAGUCAACAGAAGAUUUAAUCACAAAGCCCCUCUAGUCACACAGUGAUUGCGAGGACCCUGGGGCUGAGGUUUCCUUCUUUUAGAGCCGUAAGGGGACCAAUAAAUAUUGUGUCACUGACUGAGAUAAGCAUCAGAUUACAACCUCCUUUCUCUUAGCUUAGUCAGAACAUCCUACCAAGGCACCAGUGCCCCCCUCAGAUCAUACAGAUGGUCAAGAAUGGAAGCAAACUGGGGCCAGUUGAUCAGCACUGGAGAGACUGGCUCACCUGGCUCCUUGCUUUUUCCCAGGCCCUCGCCUGGAACCUAAGACCUCCUUGGCUGCAAGUCUUCUCCCUCUGGAAGCCACAGUUCCUCCCCAGUUUCUGCUACUCAACUGCUUUUAUAGCAUUUGUGUAGCAUCACAGGUGCCCAGAUAAAUGAACAAACAAAACCUCAAUUAGAGCAUAAUUAGUGUUCAUGGAGCCUUAGGACUCCUGCAAACAUUACCUCUGCCUUCUUGUUGUGCCAAGUUACCUGAGCCAAAUGGGAAUAACUUCACAUUAUUGCUAUUGCUCACAAGACUGUAUUAUGAAUAAGUGAUCCUAGCUAGGAACCGGUAUUUUUGAUUACUAGAAACUUUUAGCAUAAAGGGUAGAAAUGCGUUAUUUUCAUCCAUCUAUGGUGCUGUCAAGAAGGCCUGCUCUCCAUAUCCACAUGUGAAGAAUGGAAGCUAAAGGAGCCAACUGAAAACAAUGACAGAGACAAGAGAUUUGUUCCAAGAAUAGGGACAGAGAUUGGUACCAACAAAGCACAUUGUGUUGAGCUUUACAGUCAUAAAGGGCUCCCUCAUUUCAGUCUCAGGUUAAUCCUCAUUAGUAUCUUCAGUAUGCUAAAAAAUAAAUAAAUAAAUAAAUAAAAGGUUCAGAGACAUUAAAUGACCUUUCCAAAGUCGCAUAUCAAGUGGUUGGGACCAUGACUAGAACCCGGUAAAUCAACAGCAAACUUGGUGUUCCUUCAAUAGGAAGUCUGACCCAAAAUAUUCAGCAAUGUUCCCACCUCAUCAGUGGGAUGUGGGCCUGAGGGUCAAUUGGGUCUUGGUCCUGGGAUACUUGGGGAAGCAGACAGACAGAUUUGCUUUUAGAGGCAUCUCAGCUUGAAGAACUGGUCAACUUGGAAGUGGGGGAGAGGGGAGGAUGGAAGGGCGUUUGAGGUGUGGGAACCCUCAUGUAUCUGAUCACCCACUCCAGGCUCCUCAUUCUUAGACUCCCAGAGCCCUGGGAACUGGUUGCCUCAUUCCAUUCCAUUCAGGUGCUGCCUUAAUGAUGCACCCAGGAGUAUUUGCAUUUUAAAAGCAGGCCUGGGGAGAAGGCAGCAUUUAACAGCAAGAAGUGAGUCACCAGUAUUUGAACUUUAGGCACCUGUGAGGGCAAUUAUUUCAGGAGGUGUGGAGAGAAGGACACUUCUGCCCCUGCAGCUGACCCUACAUAAAUGGUUGUUGCAGAAAUGAAGGUCAGGCUACACAAAGAAGAUUGUCUUUAAAAAUCAAUCUCUGUGUGAUCUUGCACCUGAGACAGAUCCUAUCAUUGCAAGUACUGUAGACAGUUUAGAAAUAGAUCAGGUUAAUAAUAAUAGUAAUACUCAUGGCUACCAUUUAUUGAGGGUUUACUAUGUGACCCAGUGGGCUAACUACUUAGAGUAUAUUAUUAUCUCAUUUAAUUCCCAUAACAACCUUAUGAAGCAAGUACAUUAUUGUACCCACAAGAAACUUAAGCUAAGAGAGGUUAGACACUUGUUUAAGAUUGCAAAGCUAACAAAUGGUAGAGCUGAGCCUGAAUCCCAGUACGUCUAGCUCCAAUGUCCAGGCUUCUGACCAAUACCAACUAUGUCAUUUCAAUGAAUUCAUGGACCAAGGCUAAGAAGGAUCUUAAAGUCUGAAUGGCACAGAGGCCUUUUGUACUUUAAUACUAAAUGUGCCCUUUUAUUUCUCCUUUUUCUCCCUUUUUCCCCAGCCCAAGACAGAGUGGUGUGCUAAAGGUGGCUUGUAUACCAGCUGUUAAAUUUUUAAAAGAUGUUUAUGAGACAAAUGUUAAACACAGCCAUUAUUAAAAAUUAAAUUGUAUAAAUUUGCAAUUAAAUAAGUUAUUAAACAAAGAUAAUACUCAAAACUCUCCACUUCCUAAUUAUUUCACUACUUUUUAUUUUCUGUGCUCUAGAGGUUAUUUCCAUCUAUCAUAACUAUAUGGUGAGCACACUAUAUAAUGAUGUCCUACAGCACAUCUCCCAACUCCACAUUUAGUGACAUGGCUUGAAAUUGACCUUGGGGGUAGUAUUUAUACCAUGGAAAUUGGCAAGUGUUUUUAACUAGGCUUUUACCUCUCAGAGAUAUAGUCUUUAAACAGUAACCAGCACACCACUACCUAGACAACUCUGAUAUACACAGGACUUUAAAUGAUGAAGCAAGAUCCUGGUGGCCACACUGACAGGGGCACAGUUGACAGGAAAGGCAGUGAAACAGAAAAUUAUUGGGAAAAUACAAACUGUUCUACCGAAGAGACUGAGGCUUCUAAGUUGCUUCAAGAGCAUUCCCUGCCCUAUUCCAGACCCUUCUUUAUUGCUGUUAGUGUGGGAAGUUUUAUUCAAUGACUUUCACAGAAAUAUCAUGGCCCCACAAACCAGCCUAUUGGCCAUCCCAAUCCAAAAAGUAAAACCAGACUCUACAACACUGGUAUCUCCUGUUACUUGUUCUUAUAGGUCAUCUUUCUUAUCUCUACAUGUAGACCAAAACACAAUCUAAAGAAAUAUUUUUAAAUUA